AUGAUGAACAGCAAGGUGUUUGUUUUGUUGGUUGUGGUGCUGGCUGCGCUCGCGGUCUCGGUGACGGCGGUCAAGAACCUCGACUUUGCGCUCGAGUACCGCGGCAAGUGCGACUUCUCGGCCGACAAGAGCAGCGCCAACUGCCACCUCAAGGCCCAGUCCCAGGAGGUCCUCACUCACAUCAAGGGCGACGGUAAUGUGGCAACGAGCGUGAGGAAGCUGAUCGGCAGUGUCUCGAACCUGGACUUUUUCACCAACUACAACUUCACCUCCUACUCCUGGACCUCCAAGGGCUCUCUUUCGUUCGGUGUGCACACGACGCAGAAGAACCAUAGGCUCGAGUUUGAAGACUCGAGCAUUGGCCGGAUCAACCCGUACCCCUACUCCUACGGUUUCGCCACCUCGUGGAAGGUGACCAAGGGCUUCGGCGCUUUCGACCAGGCCGUGGGCCUCAUCACCGCGAACGGCGUGUUCGACAUCGAUGCCAACGGGGAGACCAAAGAGGUCGUCGUUGGCGUCAUCGGCGUCAUCUACUACAAGGGCAACAGCAACAGCACCCUUGCCGCCAACUAA